UCACAAACGGUAAUCGGAUUAUGAAUGCGCAUCAUGGGCGUGGUUAUUUUCAGACUUUCAGCUAUUUUUGGUGAACUGUAUAUCUGUUAGUAUUUCUGGCUAAUUUUGUAAUACUAACUUACUUUAUACAUACUUCCUCCUUUCACAUGUCAACUUUAUAUAUCACUUCUCUUUGUUAUUUAGCUUUUUCAUUAAAAGUUUAAAGUACAGAUUUGAAAAUGUGAAAAGAAUAACUUAUUUUUAGAACAUCGACAAAUGGGAAUAAAAAGGUGGGAGGAGAACCAAAGGAACAUAAGAUGAUGAAUUUCGAUAGCAGUUCAUCGAGUGAUGAAGACGAAAACUGUGAUAAUGAAAUAAACGAACAACCCCAACAUAUAGUAGAUUCAGAAGUGUGUAGUGUAGAAAAUGAUGAAGCGGACAAUUAUCAAUCGACCAUGUGGUUGGGCACUGAAGACGGUUGUAUAUACAUAUACAACUGUAGUGACAACAUUAGGAUUAAGAAAAAUAAAGGAAAAUUACAAUUAGGAGCUUCUAUUUUAAGUAUAAUAUAUCUGGAUAACAGGGUUUAUGUAUCAUUAGCAAACGGAGAUAUUACUGUAUAUGACAGAGAUUCUGCUGGGACUUGGAACUCAUCUAGUUCAGCGGUAUGUACAGUGGGAUCUUUAAGUUCUCCAGUUUCCAAAAUAGUACCUUAUAAUGGAAAACUCUGGUGCGGAUGUGGCAGUAGCGUGAAAAUAUUCGAUGGCCAUUCCCUAGCAGUUGAGAACAGUUUUGUGAUUAAUAAUGAUAGUAACAAGUCAAUUACGUGUAUAGUUCUUAGUGGAAACGGAGUGUGGUUAUCACUUCAGAAUUCAGCCAUUAUUAAAUGCUACCAAGUGACUACUUUCGAAUUAAUCUGUGAAAUUAAUGUAGCUCCGUCUGUGACUAAAAUGCUGACAAGUUGCGACGAUAUAAUUCGACAACACAAAGCAGCUUGCCUACGAGUAACAGCUUUGGUAGCAUGUAAAGAUCUCUUGUGGAUUGGUACUUCAGCUGGAGUACUGCUAACCAUGCCUCUUCCUCACAUUUCUUCGACAACGACCAAACUUACUACAGUACCUACAGUUAAUGGAGUGCCUCACGGUCAUACUGGCCACGUAAGAUUCUUGACGUCGGUAGAAAUGCCAGCCAAUGAAUUAUCUCAUAGAAUUUCGUAUAAAUCAAAACAGGAGACGCGAUCCAGUGCGAAGUUUUUGGUGAUAUCUGGUGGCGAUGGGUACGAAGAUUUUAGGACAUCUAAUAUGUCAGAGGUAGCCGGAAGGGAAGAUUCUACGAACCAUCUUUUACUGUGGAAUAUUUAA